CGUUCCUGUUAACCUGUCCGCUGCAAUUGGCACGGAUUUGGCCUUCACUGGUAGCCUGGUAACAUACACUCCCAGGUCUUUCUCUGCCUCUGUGGUGGAUAGUGGAGUGUUUCCCAUGUGGUAUUGGUGUGCUGGAUAUCCCUUCACUGGUAGCCUGGUAACAUACACUCCCAGGUCUUUCUCUGCCUCUGUGGUGGAUAGUGGAGUGUUUCCCAUGUGGUAUUGGUGUGCUGGAUAUCCCUUCACUGGUAGCCUGGUAACAUACACUCCCAGGUCUUUCUCUGCCUCUGUGGUGGAUAGUGGAGUGUUUCCCAUGUGGUAUUGGUAUGCUGGAUAUCCCUUCACUGGUAGCCUGGUAACAUACACUCCCAGGUCUUUCUCUGCCUCUGUGGUGGAUAGUGGAGUGUUUCCCAUGUGGUAUUGGUGUGCUGGAUAUCCCUUCACUGGUAGCCUGGUAACAUACACUCCCAGGUCUUUCUCUGCCUCUGUGGUGGAUGGUGGAGUGUUUCCCAUGUGGUAUUGGUGUGCUGGAUACCCUUUCACUGGUAGCCUGGUAACAUACACUCCCAGGUCUUUCUCUGCCUCUGUGGUGGAUAGUGGAGUGUUUCCCAUGUGGUAUUGGUGUGCUGGAUAUCCCUUCACUGGUAGCCUGGUAACAUACACUCCCAGGUCUUUCUCUGCCUCUGGUGGAUAGUGGAGUGUUUCCCAUGUGGUAUUGGUGUGCUGGAUAUCCCUUCACUGGUAGCCUGGUAACAUACACUCCCAGGUCUUUCUCUGCCUCUGUGGUGGAUAGUGGAGUGUUUCCCAUGUGGUAUUGGUGUGCUGGAUAUCCCUUCACUGGUAGCCUGGUAACAUACACUCCCAGGUCUUUCUCUGCCUCUGUGGUGGAUAGUGGAGUGUUUCCCAUGUGGUAUUGGUGUGCUGGAUAUCCCUUCACUGGUAGCCUGGUAACAUAUACUCCCAGGUCUUUCUCUGCCUCUGUGGUGGAUAGUGGAGUGUUUCCCAUGUGGUAUUGGUGUGCUGGAUAUCCCUUCACUGGUAGCCUGGUAACAUACACUCCCAGGUCUUUCUCUGCCUCUGUGAUGGAUAGUGGAGUGUUUCCCAUGUGGUAUUGGUGUGCUGGAUAUCCCUUCACUGGUAGCCUGGUAACACACACUCCCAGGUCUUUCUCUGCCUCUGUGGUGGAUAGUGGAGUGUUUCCCAUGUGGUAUUGGUGUGCUGGAUAUCCCUUCACUGGUAGCCUGGUAACAUACACUCCCAGGUCUUUCUCUGCCUCUGUGGUGGAUAGUGGAGUGUUUCCCAUGUGGUAUUGGUGUGCUGGAUAUCCCUUCACUGGUAGCCUGGUAACAUAUACUCCCAGGUCUUUCUCUGCCUCUGUGAUGGAUAGUGGAGUGUUUCCCAUGUGGUAUUGGUGUGCUGGAUAUCCCUUCACUGGUAGCCUGGUAACAUACACUCCCAGGUCUUUCUCUGCCUCUGUGGUGGAUAGUGGAGUGUUUCCCAUGUGGUAUUGGUGUGCUGGAUAUCCCUUCACUGGUAGCCUGGUAACAUACACUCCCAGGUCUUUCUCUGCCUCUGUGAUGGAUAGUGGAGUGUUUCCCAUGUGGUAUUGGUGUGCUGGAUAUCCCUUCACUGGUAGCCUGGUAACAUACACUCCCAGGUCUUUCUCUGCCUCUGUGGUGGAUAGUGGAGGGUUUCCUUUGUGGUAUUGGUGUGCUGGAUAUCCCUUCAGUGGUAGCCUGGUAAUAUACACUCCCAGGUCCAUCUCUGUGUCUGUGGUGGAUAGUGGAGUGUUUCCCAUGUGGUAUUGGUGUGCUGGAUAUCCCUUCACUGGUAGCCUGGUAACAUACACUCCCAGGUCUUUCUCUGCCUCUGUGGUGGAUAGUGGAGUGUUUCCCAUGUGGUAUUGGUGUGCUGGAUAUCCCUUCACUGGUAGCCUGGUAACAUACACUCCCAGGUCUUUCUCUGCCUCUGUGGUGGAUAGUGGAGUGUUUCCCAUGUGGUAUUGGUGUGCUGGAUAUCCCUUCACUGGUAGCCUGGUAACAUACACUCCCAGGUCCAUCUCUGUCUCUGUGGUGGAUAGUGGAGUGUUUCCCAUGUGGUAUUGGUGUGCUGGAUAUCCCAUCACUGGUAGCCUGGUAACAUACACUCCCAGGUCUUUCUCUGUCUCUGUGGUGGAUAGUGGAGUGUUUCCCAUGUGGUAUUGGUGUGCUGGAUAUCCCUUCACUGGUAGCCUGGUAACAUACACUCCCAGGUCUCUCUCUGCCUCUGUGGUGGAUAGUGGAGUGUUUCCCAUGUGGUAUUGGUGUGCUGGAUAUCCCCUCCCAAGGUGCAGGACUUUACAUUUUUCUUCACCAAACUGUAGCAGCCACUUUUUGUUCCAUUCCUGUAGCUUGGUGAUAUCUUCUUGUAGGAACUCCCCAGUCACUUAAUACUUCACAUCUAAAUCCCUUAAAACUUACCGUAUAAAUCCUAACAUCUUUUACGAAGGUCUUUUUGAACACGUGUAAUGAGUUGCUAAAAUGUUUGAGAAUACACGGCUUUUUAUUGCUGUAUUUUGUAUGUUUGUAACUCGUCAGGAUUCACGUAUCACUUGCUGUCAUGUUGAAGGAGUAGUAUUAAGGAAGUGUAUUUUUCUCGCAUUGCAUUCACUGAUACGAACUCACCCCUCAUAGGAGCAAUUCCGAUUCUUCAUGAUUUUUCUUCCUUCUUUGAUUCCACAACUUUCUUUUAUUUCCUUUCUUUUUGACAGAUGAAUCCCUUUCCUUCUUUCCUCCUUCACUUCUACUACGAUAAUCUUCCUUCCUUCCUUCCUUCAUUCCACAACUUUCUUUUAUUUUCUUUCUUACUGAAGGAUGAAUUCUCUAAUCCUUUUCUUCCUUUCCUCCUUCAAUUCUACUACGAUUAUCUUCCUUCCUUCCUUCGUAUCUUUUCCCUCAUUUUGUCCUUCCAUUUUCCUUCACUGUUUUACUAUAUGUCAAUGGUAGUUUUGGGUUCGUUUUUCUUAAUUUUUUUCUUCCUCAUUAUCUUCUUGUUUUUCUACCUUUUCUUCUUCAGUUUAUUAUCAUCAUUAUUAUUAUAUAUAUUUUGACUUGUACAUAACAUUCGGCAUUUACAGACACAAUUAUUUUCAUAUUAUUCUUCGUUUCCCUAACUUUUUUUUUACAUCAAAGGACACGGCCCAAGGGCAACAAAUAGGGUACAAAAAAAAAAAGCCCGCUACUCGCCACUCCCAUCCAUAACACACACUCUAUCAUUACUUUCUGAUUUAUAUUUUCUUUCUGUGCGAUAUUUUUUCCCUUCAUCACCUAUGGUUUAAAUUAUUUUCCCCGGUCAUCAGAGCUCAUCGCAUAAGCUGUGGCCUUACCAUGAAUGAAUGAAUGGGUGAGGAAGCGAGUGAAUGAACAAGUAUUGAAUAAGUUUGUAUCCAUUAAUUAAAUCAUCACUAUCAUUAUCACACAAUGAGUAUAUAAUGAGUGUUUCCUUCAAUUUAUAUCAUUAUCACACACAAUGAGUAUAUACAAUGAGUGUUUCCUUCAAUCUUCAUCAUUAUCGCAGUCAUUCUCACCCAGGAUCACCAUCAGUCUUAUUUAACAACGGUGAAAGUGACUCAGAAUCAGGCAGGCUUCAGUUAGUGGUGAUCUGUGUGUGUGUGUGUGUGUGUUUGUGUGUUUGUGUGUGUGUGUUUUAAGGUGUAUUUGUAUAUAUUUUGCUUGAUAUGAAUAUUUCCCGGGGACUUUGUGGAGGCUAUGAUUAUGUUUCGUCUAUGUAAAUACACGUGUAAAUAUACUGACCUGGAUA